CGGAACAGCAACAGAGGGGCUGACUUUGUGGCCCAGCCUGAGGCGCUGACUUCUUGUGUCUAUACCUCUCUCUUUUCAGCUGAUUGGUCAAUGAAUAGCGGCGGAAUAGCGGCGGCUUAGCGGCGGAAUAGCGGCGGAAUAACAGUAGGAGGGCCGGCUUUGUGGCCAGACCUGCGGCACUGACUUCUUUAUUUUUUUUUUGUGUGUGUUUUGUCCCCAGACUGACUUCGUCUUCUGCUUCCUUUUUUUGUUUUUUUUGUUUUCAGGCACUGACUUCCUCUCUGUACCCAGUUGCCUUCUGCGCGCUGAUUGGUUGAGCAGGCCGAUGAUCGGUCCAAGGGGGGGCACGAGCGGCGAGUACGUGGGUUUGCGCUAAUUGAUCGGUCUUUCGUCGUAGUGUGUGUUUUCUGUGUUUCCGCCCGCUUGCGCCCCGGCCCCGCCAUCUCUCCGCCUGUCUUACGCGGGCGCUCACGCCCCGGAGUGUCGAUGCGUUUUUUUUUGUUUCUUUUGGUUCUCUUUUGCAUUUUCAGUUUUCACAAAAUUUCGGUCUGAUUUACGGAUUGCUUUUUGUGAUCCCGCGCGCGGCACCACUCCUCGGGGCAAUGUCUGAAAGAUGGGCGUGAUAUUAAUGAUAUCAUUGAAUCUCUCCGUGCGCUUGCUUCCCUCCUCCUCUCUCGAGUGCGCUGCCGGUCUGUGCUCCUCUUGGACUUGUCUUUAUUCAUCAAGAUCAUGAUAUUCAUAAAAAAAUGCAGAACCGAUUAAGAAGGCACACGUGGCAGAGAUUGCAGCCACUGCGGAACCUUCAGUGUACAUAACCGACGCUCUCUCUCUCUUUCUCUGUUCUCUCUCUCUGUUCUCUCUCUCUCUCUCGCUGGCUCGCUCGCUCGGUGUGUCUCUUUUCAGCUUUAUCAGCAAAAUCGGUGGUGGAGGAUGAUCUUUUAUUUUUAUUUUUCAUUUUCUUAAAAUCCCUUCGUGACCCCGUCCGUGUGGAAUUUCCCCAGAUGACGCGGGGUCUUGUCGAUUUUUUUUUUUUUUUUUUUGGUAAUUUGGUCGCAGAAUUGGCCAACAAUUGAUCCUCAUUAUUCUUUUUCUUUCUUUUUCGUGGGGAAAACAGAAACGAAAUUUCCUCCUCUCCUCUGCGUCGAUGUCCGAGUGUUAAUCAAUCUUCCUUUCUUCUCCUCCUCCUCCUCCUCCUCCUCAUCAUCAUGAUCGUUUCCGCUGUCGUUCUACACCCUGCAUUUUCAGCUGCUAUCUGGACGUAAUUGCGGUCAAGUACAUUUACUCACCGUCGAUCUUCGGCAAUCGUUCGGCAAUUUCCAGAACCUUCAUUCUGAACUCCGUGAUUGCAUAUAUAUGUAUAUGUGUGUGUAUAUAUAUAUGCAUAUAUAUAUGUAUAUAUUCAAACAAUAACCCGGAAGUAGCAGUCUAGUAGUUGUAGUUUGAGCAGGAGCAGGAAGAGGAGGGUAGAAGAGGAAGAGGAGGAGGAAGAGGAGGCAGGAGAAGUGUAGAAGAGGAAGAGUAGUAGAGGAGGAGGAGGAGGAGGAGGAAGAGGAGCAGGGCGGAUAAGAGAAGAAUAGUAACGAGUGAAGGAGUGGAGGGGGGAGGGGGGGAGAGAUAAGAGAGGAGGAGGUGGGAGAAGAGAGAAUAGUAGCAAGUGAAGGAGUGGAGGGAAAGGGGGGGGRGGGGGGGGGGGAUAAGAGAGGUGGUAAUGAAAGCUGAUGAGGAGGAGAAGGUUGGGAGAACACAGAGUGAGGAGCCGGAAGGGUUGAGAGCGAAGACGCCUCUGACAAAGAAGAAGGAAGAAGGAAGGGAGCAAAUCUCGCAGAAGAAAAGCUAUGGCGGCGGUCAUCAGGAGGGCAGAGCAGCCCACGGAGGAAUGAUCGUCCGAGGAGGAGGAGGAGGAGGAGGAGGAGGAGGAGGAAGGUUGAUGAAAGAAGGAAAGGAUGCGGAACGACUGGACGGCAAGCAAGGGGGAGGAGUAAGGAUGGCGAUGGCGGCGAGCACCAAUGGAGAGGGAGCGAAGGAUAAAGGCGGGAAAGGUGAGGAUAGGAGAUCGAGUGGAGUGGGAGAGAGCACUAAGGGAAAAGGCGGGAAUGGACACGGCUGUAGUAGUAGUAGUAGUAUUGGUAUCAAAGAUGGAAUGGCGGGAACGGUGAACAAAGGGAUUUUUGUCCAGAAGAGGAAAGAGAGAGGUGCUGACGCAGAGGAAGAGCGCAAGGAGGCGGCGGUUAUGGCUAAUAAGGACGGAAUGGCGGGAAAGGUGAAACAGAAGAUGGACAUGGGCGCGAGCAAGACGACGACGACGACGACGACGACGACAUCGGAGGAGAAGAAACUGGCUAUGGCGAAGAAGGCCACAACGUCAGCCAUCGCCAACAACUCGACGUCUUCAGCGAUGAUACCGACGAAGAAGAAGCCGGCGAUGCCGGCGCCAUCUCCGACGGCAGCCAACCAUGCGGCGGCGGAAGGAAACGGCAAACUAACAGCCAAGUCCUCACUAUCGCUAUCGCCAUCGCCAUCGCCAUCGCUGGCGUCUCCACGUGUCGUCAGUGGCAGCAGCGAUGGCGGGGGGGCUGUCAAAAAGGGUAAGCCUGCCUCGUCGAGCGUCGGUGUUAACGGGGCAGCCCCCCCGGCAACGAUGACGUCAACGAAAGAGCAGCAGCAGCAGCAGCAGCAGCAGCAGCAGCAGCAGCAGCAACGGCGCGCGGGAACGUCGGCGAUUGCGCCGACGACGAAGACGAAGGCGGCGGCACCGACGGUGAUGACGUCAACGAAAAUUAACAACAAGAAGCAGAAACAGAAGAAGAUGGUGAUCGUGAUACGGAAAGCGGACGUUAUGGCGAGAAGAGGAGGAGGAGGAGGUGGUGGUGGUAGUGAAGGAGAUGAUGAUGAGGAAGAAGAAGGAGGCACGUCGAAGACGAAGCCGACGAAGACGCGGAGUCCAACAAGUCAAUCGAAAGUCAAAUCGUUGACCGAGCUCUGCUUGAUGAAGGUCAUUGAUAACCUGGACGUGAUAUCGGACUUGGCAGAUUUGGACAUUGAGCUAAUCUCGAAGAUCCUGGUACACUGUAAUUGGGAGCAGCUGAAGAGGAUUGAAGACGCAACCAAGGGCAGAGAUCUGGCAAGCUUAACGGACGGGCUAUGGAGAGAUUGGUUUGCGCGGCGUUGGGGACAACAAAGUGUGGAUGUGAUAAUGCAGAAGCUGAGUGCACAGGGGACAAGCCACAGUUGGAAAGACAUCUUUGAGGCCAAGGUUAAGGAGCAGGAGGAGGUGCAGACAAAGGGUGUGAGCAGGUUGAUGCAAUUGUACAAAGAAGCGAAUAAUGCCAAAAAGAGUCGCACCAUACAGGUGUGCGACACGAUGCCACCAAGUGGUGUGAAGAGGAAGACUGGAUCAGUUGGGUCGUCAUCCUCGUCCAUGUCGGCACGCGAUCGGUUGAUGAAACGAACAAAGGGCGACUUUUCGGCUGGGUCCAGGAGUAAUGCCCCAUUUGGCAGGGCACUUGGGCCGAGAAGAUGAGCAGCGCGGUUGGGGAUCUCCAGCCGAUGUUAUUUAUCCCGUCUGCUGUGAGCUUGUACCUGAUUUACGCAAAAAAUCUGAGUACCGUAGGCGAGGCAUUUGACCAAUCGAUCGACAAAUAUUCGGCGAAAUGCUUCGUGGCAAAGGACUCUGUGAAAUCAUCUACUGGUAGCAAAUUCAUAUGGGACGCUACCAGCGACUUUUCAUGUUUUUUGUCGGGAGCUCGUUGGUUGAAAAUAAAAAUUGAUUGUGAAAUGGGAGACUUUUUUUUUUUCUUUCAAUUCCGUAGCAGUCGCUCUGGUGUUGCUGUAAUUAAGUCAGGAAUUGUUUUUUUUUUUUUUUGGCAAGGAAAAUAAUUGGAAGGAAUUGGUUUAUUGGAUUUUUGAGUGAGAGGUUCAGUGAAUCACAUUGAUMGAGUUUUUUUUUUUUUUUUUUKUKUKUKUKUKKKUYCUCCCCUCAUCGCUGCAGAGUGAAAACAAGACUCGAUUCUUUUACCCCACCGCUACACUCAAUUGGGACCUGAGUUCAAACUGGGGCCUGCCGCAGUUGGUACCUGAGUUCAAACGUCAGACGGCAUUGAAGCAGAUAAAAAAAAAAAAAAUGGGGACAUUGUGAAGUGCCUGGGGCUGGUCGGUUCAAAUGAUGAUGAUAUGAUAUAUCCAGAGGCCGUCGUCCUUGUAGACCCAAGUUGGGAAUGUAUUGAACCCCACAAGUACUUUGCCCAGCUAUCGGCUGCGGAAAAAAUUGGAGUAGAAACGUUUCUAGUUGGAUGAAUUUGGUCGGUUCUGUAGUGACCCAUACAUUUCCUAAAAUCGUGGCGUGUUAACGGGCGCGGCUUCAGCAGGUACUUGUGGUUUAAUGUAUAACCUAUCCCUGCGUGCUUUGUGAGUCUGGAGGAGGCUGCACGAGGCUGCGCUCCACCUGACCAAAAAGGCUGGUGGUGCCAGUCAAAACAAAAUGGAAACAACACG